GCACUUUGAAGGUUGCAUCCCUCGACGGGGGCACUUGACUUCUAGAUGACAGGUGGAAACAAGCCUUAAGCAAAGCAGCUCGGUUACAGCAAAUCCUGUACGAGAGGAACCAGAGAGGGAGAGAGAGAUGGAGACGCGUAGAAGCAUGCGAUGUUGCUUUUGGCUGGUGCUGUUAGUGUGCGCGUGGGUGUAUGUGGAUGGUGUGCCCAUUGCUGUGGACAAGAAAAAGGCAGAGCCACCAAAAGACAAUCUGGACCCUCCAGAGAGCACAGACACUGGACUCCACUAUGAUCGCUACCUGCGAGAGGUGAUUGACUUCCUGGAGAAGGACCCACACUUUAGAGACAAGCUCCACAACACUGACAUGGAAGCCAUCAAGCAAGGGAAGCUUGCAAAAGAGCUUGACUUUGUGGGCCACAGCGUAAGGACAAAACUGGACGAGCUGAAAAGACAAGAGGUGAACCGACUCCGCACGCUCAUCAAAGCCAAGCAGGACAUGGUGGGAGGGAAAGGUAUGACGGUGGACUAUGAGGCUCUCCUGAGGCAGUUUGAACACCUGAACCAUAUGAACCCUCACACGUUUGAGGUGGACGACCUGGACAAACUCAUCAAAUCAGCCACAAGCGAUCUGGAGAACUACGACAAGGAGCGGCACGAGGACUUCAAGCGCUACGAGAUGAUGAAGGAGCACGAGAGGCAGGAGAAUCUGAAGAAGCUGGACGAGGAGGCGCGGAAGAAAGAGGAGGAACACUACGAGGAGAUGAGGAAGAAGCAUGCAGAUCAUCCCAAAGUGAACCACCCUGGAAGUAAGGACCAGCUGAAAGAAGUGUGGGAAGAAUCUGAUGGUUUGGAUCCUGAAGACUUUGACCCAAAGACAUUUUUCAGCUUGCAUGAUACGAAUGGAGAUGGCUACUUUGAUGAGCAGGAGCUUGAGGCGCUGUUCACUAAAGAGUUGGAGAAGAUAUAUGACCCAAACCAAGAGGAGGAUGACAUGAUAGAGAUGGAAGAGGAGAGGCUGAGGAUGAGGGAACAUGUCAUGAAUGAGGUGGACACCAACAAGGACAGACUAGUGUCCCGGGAUGAGUUCAUCGCCGCUACUAAGAAGAAGGAGUUCCUGGACACAGACCCCUGGGAGACCCUGGAGCAGAACCAGCUGUAUACAGAUGAGGAGAUGAGGGAGUUUGAGGAGCAUCUGGCGCGGGAGGAGAACACCCUCAACCAGAAGACCGUAGACCUGGAUAAACAGCGCGCGGAGCUGGAGCGCCAACAGGAGGAACUCAACGCACAGAAGUUUGAGUUACAACAGGCAAUGGAACACAUGGAGAAGAUGAAAGAGCUGAAGACAGAGUCUCCAGCAGAGGUCAAAGGUAGUGUAGUUCCAGUUUCUCCUGGCCAGGGAGCCAUGCCGGCUCUCCCUACAGACAGCAAACCCAUCGCACCUGGUCACCAGCAAAACUCGCCAGUACACUCUUAGCAUACUCUGUGUGUGUGUGUGUGUGUGUGUGCGCGUGUGUCUGUGUAUGCGUGUGUCUGUGUGUGUGCGUGUCUGUCUCUGUGUGGUUACUGUAUUCUUUGUGCUUUUUUUGUGUCAGUGGAUCUGUUUGAGAGUUUGUGCACUUGUGCAGAAUAGGGCCCACAAUAGACUGAAAGAAAAAGCAUCAGGGUCCAAGAUUCACAACUUUCCCAUGUCCAAGCCUUUCAAUGCCUUCAUAAAAAAAUAUGGAUCAUUUCACAAUAUUUCAUGUGACAACUCUUCUCAAAAGGGGUGUCAAUGAUUUCAGAGACUGUCAGUAAAGAUGUAGAUUUUAUAAGGCAAUAUAUAUUGUAAUGCACAGUACAUAAACAAGAUGUUUACAAUGUUUACAACACAAAGUGAACGAAUGUCUUACUGAGUUUAGUCAAACUAGCCAAAGAGGCACUUGAGAUAGAGAGGAAAAACGAGAGAAAUUAGAGAUUAUAUUUACUGUCCACCCAACAAAAUUCUUUGUAUUUUUCAAAGUUAUGAGAAUAUUGGUCGAAAAACUUUGUGCAAAUGUAUACAGUCCAUGAAUGUAGAAAAUAAUGAAUCAGAACUAAUUUAAGUGCUAUCACUGAAUUGUGUGCAUUUGUGUGUGUGUGUAUGUGUGUGUGUGUGUGUGUGUGUGUGUGUGUGUGUGUGAGAGAGAGAGAGAGAGUGAAAGAGAGAGAUAGAGAGAGAUGCACAGAUUUGUCUUUGAUGCCUUAGAUAAAUGUCACAGGUACAACAGGUCCUCAGAUACUGUUCUGUUGUAGUAGCUCUCCUGGCAAAGUAAAUGACAUAUGAUCGGGGCGUAGCCAGGGGUAGCAUGAGUUCUUUGACCCACCCCACCCCAUCUGAAAGUCCACAUUUCUGCCUCAACUCUUUUGAGUUACAAUGUCUACUUCUCUGUAUGUGUUAUAGGUUUCUUGGUAUAGAGUAAACUAUGUUUAUGUUUUUAUUUAAAUAAAAAUGGGCUUAUUUUAUAUUAAUCAAAGAAGUAAAAUCCAUCAUAGAAUAUAUCCUGAAAUCUGCUGUCCCAUGCAAGGUAGUCUAUAGUGUUACAGUAUACAAAAUACACAAAUCAAAUCUACAUGUAAACAGUACAUGAAGCAGUACAUGAAGAUCUUGGCUGCUGUAAAAUGCCUGAUUAGGCCACUUAUGAAUCUGAAGUUGGAUGAGUUUGAUUAGACAAUUCAAAAUGCAGAAUAUGGAUUUUGCCAAUUCUGGUCAGGUAUGUCAGUAGGAGGCUUUAUAACUUGGCUUCAUUAACGUAUGAGGUGUUCAAGUGAAAAACUGCAUAGAUGAUACACAGUACUUCAGGUUAUACAGGUUCUAGUAGGCUAUGUUCAAUAAGAUUGUGUGGUAGAGGUAUGCACAAACUAAAAAGGUCCAAAACUGGAGAAAAAAAGACCCACCCCAUCCACCAAGCUGGCUACACCCACCUGAUGAAUGGUGGGACAAUGCAUAGUCCCAUGCACAUGUAUUCAGUGUUGGAGUUUUUGUCCUUGCAAGUUCAGCCCUUAUAUGUUCUUUUGAGUAAUUAGUGUGUGUGGAUGUGAGCAUUAAAUGAUUGAAGCUUCA